AUGGCAAAAACUAAUGGUAUCACAAGUCUUGCUCUGAUCAAACCUUUCAAAACAACAUGGAAGGUGCAAGCUAAGAUUGUACACUCUUGUAGGCAGUACACUUCUUAUUAUGGGGAAACCAUUGAGAUGAUUUUUGCAGAUCUGGAGGGAACACUGAUCCAUGCAACUGUUAAUAAGCAACAAGUGAAUAAGUUUCACAGAAUGAUAGUGUCAGGAGAGUGGAAGACUUUUGAGAAUUUUCAGCUCACUAAAUCGAUGGGGAGAAAUAGAGCAACUAAACAUGCCUUCAAGAUGACCUUCACUAACACGACGGUCAUAGGCCGCUCACCUAUCCUAUCCGAUGACAUGUUUCUCGACUUGGUUGACUUUGGAAACAUCCUCGAUGAGAAUGGUCUCAAUGAGAACAUUUUAAUUGAUGUGUUAGGACAGGUCGUGAGCGUUGGAGCUAUGAAAACUCAUGAUCAAAAUGGCAAAAUAUCGAAACGGUUGGAAAUAGAACUUAGAGACACAAGUGAUAACCGUUUGUCCUGUACUUUGUGGGGGAGAUUUGCUGAAAACAUGUGGGAUGAAUGUGAAAAGGCAGAAGGUAGCCCAGUUAAUUGCUUGAUUCGUCUUGCAAAGAUAAACAUGUUCAAUGGUCAAAGAUUGAUCUCAAAUGCUUACGACAUGUCUUUACUUCUGAUUAAUCCUGACAUUCCUGAGAUUGUCGACUUUGUUUCCAAGUAA